AUGGGGUCCGUCCACGUGCGACCAUGUGUUGAUGAGUUAAAUUCUAGCUCACCUUUUGAACCUACUCAAAUCACCCUUCUCUCCUCUCACUCCCCUCCCCCACUGCCCUUGACUAUGCCCCCGCAGUGGUGGUGGGGUCUGUCCACGGGCGACCAUCCAGAGCUCAUCAAGGCCCGCUUCGCCAGUGUAAGCACCGUACUGCUGCAGAGAGCGCAUGAGCCAGCAACUCUGUGGGACAACCCCGUGAAGGGCAAGUGGCAGCAGUGCGUGCGACCCUCCCCUGCAUACGCUGAAGCGCCCCUGUACGAGUCAACGGGGUAUCUGCAGGUGUUCUUGGAUGGUGGCCUCAACCAGCAGCGCAUCAGCAUCUGCAAUGCGGUGGCAGUGGCUCGUCUGCUCAACGCCACUCUGCUCAUCCCUCACUUUCAGAUCAACCCUGUGUGGCUCGACGACAGCCAGUUCGAGGACAUAUUCGAUGUAGAGCACUUCAUGCGCUACCUACAGCGCGAUGUGCUGAUAGUGAGGCAGCUGCCGCACAAGUACCGGUGGAGCACGCGGGAGUUCUACAGCACGGGCGUGCAUCAGAACCGCAUCAAGUUCGCGCCCAUGCACGCCUCCCCCGAGUGGUACCUCAAGAACGUGCUGCCGAAGCUGCAGCGCCAUGGAGUGGUGGCAAUAGCGCCCUUCACCCACCGCCUUGCCUUUGACGGGCUGCCUCCAGACGUGCAGCGCCUGCGCUGCCGUGUGAACUUCCAUGCGCUGCGAUUCGUGGAGCCCGUCCGCAGGCUCGGGAGGAUUCUGGUGGAGCGACUGAGAGACCCCAACAGGCGGCAUGUGAAGCGAGGGGUGCUGUUUGGGAAGGGAGGUGAUGUGUCGAGUUAUGGCGGCAAGGGGAAGGUGGGAGGGAUUGGGGAGGGAGCAGCGGAAGGAGAGAAAACAGCAGCAGCGAAAAAAGCAGAGGACGAAUCUGAGAAAGCGGCAGAGAUGGCAGCAGCGAAAGAAGCAGAGAUGGUGGAGCAGUUGCAGGAGGAGGCUCGUGGUGCUGGUGCUGGUGCUGGUGCUGGUGCUGGUGCUGGUGCUGGUGCUGGUGCUGGUGCUGGUGCUGGUGCUGGUGCUGGUGCUGGUGCUGGUGCUGGUGCUGGUGCUGGUGCUGGUGCUGUUGCUGGUGCUGGUGCUGGUGCUGGUGCUGGUGCUGGUGCUAGUGCUGGUGCUGGUGCUGGUGCUGGUGCUGGUGCUGGUGCUGGUGCUGGUGCUGGUGCUGGUGCUGGUGCUGGUGCUGGUGCUGGUGCUGGUGCUGGUGCUGGUGCUGGUGCUGGUGCUGGGGUAGGAGAGGAUGGAGAGAGGGCGGAGAUUGUGAGUGAAGGAAGAGAGGAGACGAAGGAAACGUUUAAAGAGGCUCUUGCAGGGGAAGGAGAGGGGAAGGGAGGGCGGGAGAGGGAGGAGGGUGUGGGUGGAGGCGAUGUGUCAGGUGCUGCUGGUGUGAGGGUGAUUGAAGAUGGAAAAGGCCUGUCUGGGAUAUCGACUCGUGCAGAUGGUGAUGGUGAUGGUGAUGGUGAUGGUGAUGGUGAUGGUGAUGGUGAUGGUGAUGCUGGUGGUGGUGGUGAUGCUGGUGGCUUGCAGCAAGGGAGCAAGGGUGGUAUCGAAGCAGUGGAGGAGGAUGAGGAAGGCGAAGAGAGGGAGGGGGAGGCGGAGGGGGGAGGUAAGAGGAGGUUGCUGCAGGAGAGUCGGGGAGGGGUGGGGGGUGGAGUAAGUGUGGCGAAGGGAGGAGGCGGAAAAGGAGGAGGAAGAAGAGGAGGUGGAGCAGGGGUGGGUAGGAUGGGCGAGGAGGAUUCGGAGGAGGGGAGUGAGGGCGCGUUUUGGAGCGAGGAUGGAGUGAUAGACGAGGCGGCAAGGGAGAGAGUGAGACGGGCGUUGCGUGCAGGGCGAGAGGGGCGAGUGGUUCCGGUGAGAGCAGGGAGCAUCACUGCUGGGAAUGGCAGUGCGGGGAAUGGGAGUGGGGGGAAUGGCAGUGCGGGGAACAGCAGUGGAGUUGGGAAAGUGGAGGUGAUGGGGAAAGCAGUGCAGGCGGGAUCCGCAGCAGCAGCAGCAGCAGCAGCAGCAGCAGCAGCAGCAGCAGCAGCAGCAGCAGCAGCAGCAGCAGCAGCAGCAGCAGCAGCAGCAGCAGCAGCAGCAGCAGCAGCAGCAGCAGCAGCGGCAGCAGCAGUGGCAGCAGCAGCAGCAGUGGCAGCAGCAAGGAGGGUGGACAUGGUGGCGCACUCAGCGUGUGACUAUGGCGAGACGUGGGCGGAGCGCGAAGCUUUAUCAAAGUACCGAGAGUAUGCGUGGCUGGGGCGAGUGGACAAGCUGCGCUUCUCCUCUGAUGAGCUGCGCCUGGCCGGCAAGUGCCCCCUCACACCAGAAGAAGUGGGACUCGUGCUGGCUGCUCUCGGCUUCUCUGGCAAGACAAGGCUCUAUGUGGCCACCUAUCAGGUGUAUGGAGGGGAGAAGCGCAUUGCCCCCCUGCGCCGCCUGUUCCCGUGGCUGGAGGAUAAGACGAGCCUGGCGACGGAGGAGGAGCUGCAGCCGUUCCUGGGGAAGGCGUCGCUGCUGGCAGCACUGGACUUCUAUGUGAGCCGCUACAGCGACGUGUUCGUGUCCGCCUCCCUGGGCAACAUGCACAACGUGAUGGCUGCACACCGUGCGUACUUUGGCGGUUUAAAGACGAUCAACUUCAACGGUACACUCCUGGCAACGCUGCUUGCGGCCCCUCCAAACACCCUCAACUGGAACGAGUUCGUUCGCGCCGUGCAGAUCGGGCAUCGGUCGCGAAUGGGCAAGAUCAAGCCGAGGCGUGCUGGGCAAUCCAUCUACACCUAUCCUGCUCCCGAUUGCUUGUGCCCUAUUGACGUACCACCGUCGCAGCCCGCGACUCGCACCGUAACAAGAUACAAGAAGGCAGCUGAGGGUCGUCGCCGACUGAGACUACUGACGACACUGCAGUCGCUCUACUCCUUCCUGCGAGUCCUCAUAGCAGCCUCGCUCAUGGCCCGGCCGCUCAUCACAGCACGCCUGCACGGCAGCACGGGUGUGGGGCCACAGGCGCUGCAGAUAGACGUGAAGGAGUCGCUAGCAGCAGCACUGGGAGCAGCUGCUGCUCUCACAGGGAAUCUAGCAUCCGGCACAUCUCGCGCGCGAGUGCUCAAGCUGUACGCCUCGCUCUCCCUCAUGGCCUGCGUUGCAGCGCUCUUGCCCCUCCUCACUGGCCCUCUUGUCUAUCCGGUAUGCUCUGUCUCUACCCUCUUGUUUAACUGGUACUCUAUGCCUCUACCCUCUUGUCUACCCGGUCCGCUCUGUCUCUGCCCUCUUGUUUAA